AUGCAUCCUUCCACUAUCGCAGCCAUUUUGGCCUUCACUGCUGGCAUGACUGUCAGCGGCGCUCCCACUGCCGAACCAAUCCAGAAGCGGGAGGCGCAGCGAGGCCACGGUCGCCGUAUUGGCAAUGUUGCAGAGGGCAUUGGUGGUGGCAUUGGCUUCAUCGCUGAUGGAAUCACGAUUGGCCAAUUCGUCCAGGGCAAGAAUGUGAAGAGGGAGGCACGAAAAGGCCGCGCUGGCCGUGUCGGUGAUGUUGCAGAAGGCAUCGUCGGCGGCAUCGGUGCCGUCUCUGAUGUACUUACUAUUCACCAGGCCGUCCAAGGUCAGAAUGCGAAGAGAGAGGCACGAAAGGGCCGUGCUGGCCGUGUUGGCGAUGUGGCCGAAGGCAUCGCUGAUGGCAUUGGCGCUAUCUCCGAUGGAAUCACUAUUGGUCAAUUGGUCCAGGGCCAGAACGUGAAAAGAGAUGCACGAAAAGGUCGCGCUGGCCGAGCUGGAGAUGUAGCCGAGGGCAUCGCUGGUGGCAUUGGCGCUGUCUCUGAUUUGUUUACCAUUCACCAGGCCGUCCAGGGUCAGAAUGCGAAGAGAGAGGCACGAAAAGGUCGCGCUGGUCGAGCUGGAGAUGUAGCCGAGGGCAUCGCUGAUGGCAUUGGCGCCAUUUCGGACGGCAUCACUAUUGGCCAAAUCUUCCAGGGUCAGAAUGCGAAGAGAGAGGCACGAAAAGGUCGCGCUGGCCGAGCUGGAGAUGUAGCCGAGGGCAUCGCUGAUGGCAUUGGCGCCAUUUCGGACGGAAUCACGAUUGGCCAAAUCUUCCAGGGCCAGAAUGCAAAGAGGGAGGCACGGAAAGGCCGCGCUGGUCGAGCUGGAGAUGUAGCCGAGGGCAUCGCUGAUGGCAUUGGCGCCAUCUCUGAUGGAAUCACUAUUGGCCAACUCGUCCAGGGCCAGAAUGCAAAGAGGGAGGUACGAAAAGGCCGCGCUGGCCGUCUCAGCGAUAUCCGUGAGCCUCCAGAGGCGAGCUUUCCCGUUAUUGACCCCAGCCAAUUUCAGAAGCGGGACCCUCAGCGCCCUGGCCGAGCUGGACAAGUUUUUGGUGAUUUCCCUAGUAUCACGUAUACCGGAACUCCAGAGGACAUGAUCGAUAUUGCCAACCGCCAGAAAGAGAAGCGGGAUCCUCAGAGUGGUGGCCGAAUUACACGAGCGGGUGAUGACAUUCGUUUCUCUCGAGACGGUAGCGCCAGAACUCUUCCAGCGAUCGAUCACGACUUUACUAUCCACGGCCAGAAAGAGAAGCGAGACCCUGAGCCCCAUGGCCGAGGUGGUCGACUUAGCAAUUUUGUGGACGGCUUUACGGACGGUAUCGGCGCCUUUAAUGAUGCCAUGUACAUCCACGAUACCCUUCAGGGCCAGAAUGCGAAGAGGGAUAUUUCGACUAUCAACGAUUUGGUCAACUACAAUAAGAUCCACUACGACUUUCCACCCCUUCACCAUGAGAAGCGGGACCCUCAGCGCCGUGGCCGACUUGGCCGACUCGGUAAUUUCGUUGACGGUGUUACUGACGGUAUCGGCGCCUUUAACGAUGCAAUGUAUAUCCACGAUACUAUCCAAGGAUCUCAGCCUGCAAAGAGGGAUGCUAUGGCCCACAUCGGCCCAUUGUCAGCUGCAGAAUUGAAGUUUGAAUCGAGACCCGACUCCGUCAUGAUCGGCGUUCCCCACGAACAUUAUGUCGAGAAGAGGGAUGCUAAGAUUGACCGUGAAACUGGACACAUCGCGUUGCCCGACGGUCACCCGUUGAAGGGUUAUUUUAGCGACGUUACCGGUAGCACGGGUGAACUCCACCACGGUCUAACUGCGAAGAGGAAUGUGCAAAGGAUUGACACGGCAAUCGAUACCACCUUCGACAAUUCUCAUAGCGCGAAUGCGAUCGAACAUGCUCUUCGGGGAUCUCGACCUACGAAGGGACAUGCUAUAUACGAGGCUGGCAAUGUGAAGAGGGACGGUGUACAUCACUUUGACACGGCAGAUUACACCCUCGGCCUUGACAGCGAAAACCCAUCUCCAGCAUUUGAGAAGCGAGACCCUCAGCGCCAUAGCCUAUCUGAUAUCGGUUUUAUUGGCGGGAGUGUGGGAGACCAGCUCCUUUGGGAGCUAAAAAAUGGGAAGAAGUCGGGAACCGUGAAUGUGAAGAGGGAUGGUGUGAACCGGUUCGCCACGGGAGAAGAUUACACCCUCGGCCUUGACAGCGAAGAUCUAUCUCCAGAAUUCGAGAAGCGGGACCCUCAGCGCCGUGGCCGACUCGGUCAACUUGGUAGUGUCGCUGAGGGCUUCGCUGGAGCCAUUGGUGUUAUUUCAGACGGGUUCACUAUCCACGGUGCUAUCAAAGGCCAGUAG